AUGUGGGAUUCCAGCAAACACGUGUGUUCUCCUGAACAGCCCAGAACCAACUCCCUGAGUCCCAGUGACAGGAAGCAGAGGAAAAACCACACCAGCAAACUGCAAGAGCUGGCAUUGCUGCUGCCCGUGACCCUGAAGACUGGUACCAAGAAGCUCACCAAGAAGGAGGUUCUCUUGCACGUCCUGCAGUACAUUCACUACCUACAGAGCUGCAUCAAUGUGGCCAAGGCCUCGCUCCAACUCCACACCACCCAUGGGCAAGGCGGCCUCGGGGGGCUGGGUUGGAACCCUGCUGCAGGCUCCGCAAAGCAGAGACUCUCCACCCCGUCCAGCUCCCCGCAUUCUCAGAAGUCCCGUCUUUGGGGAGCAUGCCGGAAACCUCGGAAGAAAAAGCCAACCCGAGUGUCAGAACGCCAGACCCGGGCCCAGAACCCUCGUCGCUGUCUGGCCCUGGAGAAGCCUGAGAAGCUGGAGACCCCAUCUCCAGACCAGAAAGGAGGAAAUGUGGUGGGGACCACCACCCCUCCAAGAUGCUUGGACUCCUGCAAUCUCCCCAAGGCUGAGGCAUCCUCAUCUCAAGGCUGCUGUGUAAAAGAUGAUACUCAGGAUUUGGGGUCUUAUCCUGCUUUUGAGGCCCAGCAAGGGGUCGAGACGAUCCAUUUUCUCAACAAGACCCCGCCUGGUCCCAGGGAGAAACUGGUGUCCUAUGAUUCUGGCGAGGAGGUGGGCAAGGAGUCUCCAAAUGCCGACCCUUGGCUUCCUGCCUGGACUGCAGAGGACAGCCCCCAAGAGAGCCCACUGGCCCUGGGGCCUCCCCAAAUUACCAAUGAGAUCGAGACAGACCCCCUGAAGGAGAUCCUAGGGCUCAGCCCCUCCCUCUUCAGCUCCCCAGGGAAACUGCUACCUGAACAGAUCCUGGAGGACGGCAGUGAGUACCUGACCCAAGCUCUCUUUGAGGAAAUACUGUUAGAUCCUGCAUCUUCACCUUCUGCCUGCAUCUUUGAGGAACCACAGGAGGACACGCCCCCUGAGGUCCCCAAAGACCCCUCCAACUCCCAAGACCUGUGCCAGUCCUCAGUCUCGCUGGACCACUGCUACCUCUCACUGAGUGAAAACAGCAAGGUGCCAUCCAGCGCCGGCUCGGAGGACACGGACACAGACUCGGUGUGGAGGCAGCAGCAGGACACUCAGGGUGACCUUGAGGGCCUGCAGUCCUCCAGCGACGAUGGGGACUACACGUGGACCCCUACCCGGCGGGUCUCACCCCUGCCCACGGCCGGGAGGAAGGCCAGGAAGGGUCGGGCCAGCCGGCGUCCCUCCAAGUCCAAGGGGAGCAAGAAAGCCCCUGGCACCCCCCAGAUGAAGAAGAAGUGUGUCAACGGCUUCAUCAUGUUCUGCAGGAUGAACCGGAAGCAGUACAUCCGAGCCUGCCCUGGGACCGCAUCCACGGCCGCCACCAAGGAGCUGGCUCAGCUCUGGCGGGUGAUGACCCUGCAGGAGCGAAAACCAUACUGCACCAAGGCGCGCAGGUUCAGCCGCCAGCACAACCGGAUCGUGAAGCAGGACAGCUCCAGCAGCGAGGACGAGGACUGGGAGACCCCCAAACCCUUCUACCAGCUGUUGGCCGAGAAGGCCCGAGGCUCCCCAGACCCAGUCUCUCCGGAGUCUCCUCAGCAAGAGUGAGGGUGCCGCGCCCUCCCUUGGGCCCUGCUGCUGUUGAAACCAGGAGCCUGUGAUGGUUUCCUGGGCCUCAC